AUGGCGAUUGAUGCCACCCAUGCGACAUCACAGUCUGGGCAUGAUGAGCAGGGUGCUCAUAAACAAAUUAAACCGUUGAAGAAGCGGAGUGUGGAUUAUGUAUUAAAGAGUGGGCUUGCGGGGGGUUUGGCGGGGUGUGCGGCAAAAACGGUUGUUGCGCCACUCGACCGGGUCAAAAUCCUCUUCCAGGCUUCGAAUCCUCAGUUUGCCAAAUAUACGGGCAGUUGGUUUGGGUUAAUAUCAGCAGUCCGGGAUAUCAAACGCUUUGAAGGAGCCAAGGGUCUCUUCAAGGGCCAUUCGGCAACACUCCUCCGUAUCUUCCCCUACGCCGCCAUCAAGUUCCUCGCCUAUGAGCAGAUUCGAACCGUAGUGAUUCCCACGCACGACAAGGAAACGGCUUUCCGCCGACUGAUAUCUGGAAGCAUGGCGGGAAUCACGUCGGUGUUCUUUACAUAUCCACUGGAAUUGAUUCGAGUGCGAUUAGCGUUUGAAACAAAAGCGUCCUCCCGCUCGUCCUUGACCGAUGCAUUCAGACAGAUCUAUUAUGAAAAACCCCCAACCCCUUCCGCUCCAUCACAGCCAAAGGUGUCCACGGCCCCCGUCACAGCAGUUGCUGAGGGUGCAUCUGCCGCCGUGACCAAGGCGGUCCCCAGCUCUGGACUAGCCAAUUUCUACCGUGGAUUCGCACCGACUCUUCUUGGAAUGCUUCCUUACGCCGGUAUCUCAUUCCUCACUCACGAUACUGUAGGCGAUUGGCUCCGCUUACCGGCUUUUGCUCCUUACACUACUAUACCCGGAUCUGAAACAAAUUCAUCAAACAAGGGAUCUCGAUCGCACCAACUCACGGCCGCCGCGGAGCUAUUCUCCGGCGCUGUUGCAGGACUAGUAUCGCAGACAUCUUCCUACCCAUUUGAGGUGAUCCGGCGACGGAUGCAAGUCAGUGGAGCAGUAGGUGAUGGCCAUCGAUUACGAAUCCUCGAAACAGCCCGGAUAAUCUUGAUGGAGAAAGGAUUCCGAGGGUUCUUUGUCGGAUUGACCAUUGGAUAUAUCAAGGUCAUCCCAAUGGGGGCCACGAGUUUCUUCGUCUACGACCGAUUGAAAUGGUAUUUGGGAAUAUAA